AUGUUGGACGCUCUGCUUCAGAAUGUUGAUCCUGCUGCCGUAGCAGGUGCUCUUCUAUUACUUUCACUGCAAUUGUUACAAUUCUGCGCGCAAUGCCAAUAUGCGCAACACCUCAUUGACAACGAGCCAAGGAAGAUUCGUGUCGACGUUGUCGUCCUGCCUCGCCUCUUGCCCACCACCGUUCCGCUUAUCGGCCACGCGGUCAACUAUAUGAGAGAGGGUCACGAUUACUUUAGCAAUCUGUGCCGAUCAACCAAGCUGCCGAUCUUCACAAUAAGGAUAGCACCCAUCAGCUUGACCAUUGUUCAGCCCUCGCUGCGACAAUACCUGCCCAAGGUGCGGCACCUCCGGCUCAAUUCACUCGUGGCUGCAAUCUUCAGACGCGCCCUCGCCUUUGGCGACCAUUCAUGCGCGCUGCUGAGGGAAGAGCUUCAGCAGAGCCACGGAUUCGGAUCACAAGUAUCUCGCAUCUUCCGGGAGGAAUUCAUCCCUAAUCGCAACCUCCGCCGGUACGUCCUGCGGCUCGAUGACCACAUCCAUAACGCCUUCUCCGAUCUGGUACAUCGGAAUAGCGACGCCAAGAUUCGAAUCGAAGAAUGGGUCUUUUCGACGGUAGUGGGAGCCCUCGGCAGCGUUCUCUGGGGCGAGAGCUCCUCGCAGAAGAGCCCUUUCAGCGAGUCCGAAUUCCUGUUCCACCUGAAGUCAAUGCUACAAAACAUGCGAGCUCUGAGCAACCCCGUGAGCCUCCUCAUCGACCGCAAGCUGCUGGAGUCGCGGCGCUUCGUACGAGAAGCACUGAAGAGCAGCGCAGCAGUUGCAGAGUAUCCUAGCGACAGUCUCCUAGGGCGAUUACGAUCAGCUUGCGAUGCACACGGCGCUGCUCCGGAGGACUGGACAGAUUUUCAGCUCCUCCUGCUGGCUGGGGCACUGCCGAAUAUCGUGGGUGGGCUGGCUUGGACGGUGCAUCAUCUCGUGGCCGAGCCCGAAUGGCUUGCCAGUAUGCGGGAAGAACUUACUGCCUACUCCGACAGCGUAGGAGGCGAGAUUGACUUGGCCGAGGUGCCCACCAGGUGCCCGAAACUGAUGGCGACGUGGAAGGAGGUGUUGCGCUGCCAUAGCGGUUUCUCGAUUGCUAGACACGUCGAGAGCGACACGACUAUAGCUAGCAGGUGGUUGCUGGGGAAGGGCACCAUCCUGGUUGCGCCGCUGCGGCCGUACCAUAUCGAUGCGGCAGUCUGGGGGGAUGAUGUGGAUGAGUUCAGGCCAGCGCGAUUCCUCAAGGCCGACGGGAGCUUGGACGAGAGCCAGAGGAGAAAGAUGAAGAUGUUUGGGCUGUUUGGUGCCAUGUGUCCUGGGAGGUUCCUGGCGGCCAACAUUGCCAUGUCCUUCAUGAUACGUCUCAUAUCAUCAGUCGACAUAUGCACUAUCGAUGGGAGGCCCCAUGUGGUUCCUCAAGAGGCGAAAGAUAGCAUGGUCGGACUGCCAAUCCCAGAAGACGAUCCGGAGGUGUUUGUGAGACGGUGGAGACAGGAUCCCCAAGAGAUAACUAUACGGCUUCAUAGCGCAAAGAGUGCUUCGUCGGAUGAAGAAUAG